CUGAUGGCAAGCAUUGUGCUACAAACAAAAGUGAUUAAACGUUUCAAAGCCGCUUCGACCAAUAAAAGAAACUAUCUUUAGUGUUAAAAAAAUAAUUAAAAAUAAAUUUGAUUAUUAAUUUCUUCCAAAAAGUACUAGCGCAGUUAGUAUGGAAGAUGACGAUGCUGGGGUGCACCGCCUCGAAGGCUCAGCUGGUACUAUUCGAGGUGGACUGGUAAUUAGGAAACCGAAAGAGGAGGGUAGCGAAAGCAAAUUUAAAGUGCCAAAGCCGUCCAUACUAGGAUUGGAUCGUUUAGCAGCGCAGCGCCGAAAAGAGCGUGAAGAAUCACAACGCUUAAUAUCCUUCAAAGACAAUGAAAACGAUGAUGAUGAGGAGCAUAAAGGCUGCUUAUCAGCUACAUCUGCAGGUGGUGAGUUUGCAUUUAAAAAACCCGACGCCAGUAGCCUACAUAAGAUGAAUCGACAGUUGCGGGAAUCUAAAGUGGAGACGCCAACGCAUACAGGUGGAGUGUCCGAAGAGGCUCGUGAACGAUUGCGUGAGCAUGUGAAACGAGAUCGAGACCGCAAUACCAAGAGCGGAAUGCGUUAUUCUACACGUGAACACAGUAAAAGUGAUUCCAGAGACCGUUCGUCAUCAAGUUCAUCCAAUCGCAGUCGAGAUCGGGAACGCCGGCGCGAUAGAGAAAGGCACAGCGACAGAGAUCGCGAUAGGAAUCGUGAUAAGGACGGCUAUAGAGAAAGAGAUCGCCGUGAACGUAGUAGAAAUGAUUCGGAACGAAAGAGUCGUGGUGAUGCAACAUCAUCUUUUCGUAGUGGCGAGCGGACACCUCGAUUUAAGGACGAACCACGAACACCAAUGGAUAUCUCUGUAAGUGGCAGUGCUUGGGACGAGGACGACACUGACCGUCCAUCGCAGUCCAAGAAAUCCUCUUGGGACUUUCCCACACCCAAAUCGUACGCUAGUUCAGAUCGACCCGAUUGGUCCACGAGAAGCGGUAGUAGCAGUGGUAUUGGUACAAGCAGUUCUCGAGGUCGGUCUCGUCACGAACGUGAAGAUGAUACACCAAGGCCAACACCUGCUCACAAUUAUAAUGCAUGGGCAAAUGAUCGUAAGCGUUCAGGUGCAACGCCAGCUACCGGACGCAGUAACCGCCAGCCGUGGGGUGAAAGCGAAGAAGACAGAGAUCUAUGGGAAGAAGAGCAGCGUCGUCUAGAUCGUGAAUGGUAUAAUAUCGAUGAAGGUUACGAUGAUGAAAACAAUCCUUUCUAUGGUGCUAAUGCAGAGUAUUUCCGUAAACGUGAGGAAAUAAUCGAACAAAAGCGUACAAAGCGUAUUAGUGCACAACAGCGUCAAAUCAAUAAAGAUAAUGAGCUUUGGGAGCGUAAUCGUAUGCUUACAUCCGGCGUGGUGAUGUCCAUCAAUGUCAAUGAAGAUUUCGACGAAGAGGCGUUGGAGCGCGUGCAUUUGCUGGUGCAUCAUAUUAUUCCACCGUUCCUCGAUGGACGAAUUGUGUUCACUAAACAACCAGAACCGGUUAUACCGGUGAAAGAUCCCACCUCUGACAUGGCAUUGAUUGCGCGCAAGGGCAGCGGUCUGGUGCGUGUGUAUCGCGAGCAAAAAGAACGUCGAAAAGCACAAAAGAAACACUGGGAAUUGGGUGGUACGAAAUUGGGUAACAUUAUGGGUAUUGAAAAGAAAGCUGAUGAAGAAGAUGCCAAAUUCGAUAAGGACACAGAUACAGCAGACUAUCGACGUGACCAAAAAUUCGCCGAGCAUAUGCGCGAUCAAGAUUCGGGUGGAAAAAGUGAUUUUGCGCGCAAAAAAACCAUCUCGGAACAGCGUCGAUUUUUACCCGUAUUCGCUGUGCGUCAAGAGCUCUUGAAUGUCAUAAGGGAGAACUCGGUCGUUAUUAUUGUGGGUGAAACGGGUAGCGGGAAAACAACACAGUUAACACAAUAUUUGCAUGAAGAUGGAUAUAGCAAUUUUGGCAUGAUAGGUUGCACGCAACCUCGUCGUGUGGCAGCCAUGUCUGUGGCUAAACGUGUCUCCGAUGAAAUGGGCACCAAGCUGGGUGACGAAGUGGGUUAUGCUAUACGUUUUGAAGAUUGCACUUCCGAAAAGACCGUUAUCAAAUACAUGACCGAUGGUAUAUUAUUGCGAGAGAGUUUGCGUGAUCCUGAUUUGGAUGGUUAUUCGGCUGUCAUCAUGGACGAAGCACAUGAACGUUCCUUGUCUACAGAUGUCCUUUUCGGAUUGCUGCGGGAGGUGAGUGUUUUAAGCCAUUUUUACUUAUUUUUAUUAACUACGCUGGGCACUUUAGUGACGCGAAAAAAAAGAUUACAUUAUUUGGUUAGUAGUUAAGAAUAUAUAUAUAUA